AUGAAUCCCUCCAUCCCACCUUCCACGGCUGAAUAUGGCGGAGAUGAGGUGUCGGCGAUUGUGCUCGACCCCGGCUUCUCGACGACACGAGCUGGAUUUGCAGGGGAGGACACACCCAAAUCCCUGAUUCCGACAUACUACGGGAAAUAUUCUUCAGAUGGCCAGUCGAAGUUGGUCUUCGGUGAUGAUAUCUUUGUUACGCCCCGGCCCGGUCUGUCGAUUCACAACCCAAUGGGUCGCGAUGGAAUCGUGGAGGACUGGGACAUGGCAGAGAAAGUAUGGGAAUAUGCCUUCACUUCGCGCCUGACGGGCCCAAAGCCUGGAAAUCCCCUACAGAACGGAUUGAACGACGUGCCGGAGGGCGAAUUAUCUACAGAAAUGGAAGGGGUGGAAACCGAGGAGAAGCUGCUUGCUGAUAGCCCGCUGCUGAUGUCGGAGCCCGGCUGGAAUCCCACGAAGUCGCGCGAGAAGACUAUCGAGCUUGCUAUGGAGAAGUGGGGAACCCCGGCCUUCUAUCUAGCCAGGAACGGUGUUCUUUCAGCCUUUGCGGCCGGCAAGGCUUCCGCCCUUGUGAUUGACAUUGGCGCUUCUAACAUCUCUGUAACCCCGGUCCACGACGGUAUGAUACUGAAGCGGGGAGUGCAGCACUCCCCUCUCGGUGGUGAUUAUAUCUCAUCUCAGAUCCGCGCUCUCUUCAAGUCGAACGCCCCGCAGCCGAUAACGAUCACUCCUCAUUAUCUGAUCUCGUCCAAGACAGCAGUUGAUGCCGGCCAACCCCCACAAGUUAAAUACAAGACUUUCGCCCCCGACAGAGCUCCUGACGCAUCUUACAGAACACUUCUGGAAGAGCGAACCCUGUCGGAGUUCAAGGAAUGUGUUGUCCAGGUCUGGCCCGGCCCCAACAAGCUCUCCGCCACAGGACCCAACGGCGUCUCGAACGAGGAACUGGCCAAGAGCAGCCCUGGCCGGCCCUUCGAGUUCCCCGACGGCUACAACCAGGUCUUCGGAGUCGAUCGCUACAAGGUCGUCGAAUCCCUAUUCGACGCCAAAGCUGCAAUCCCGGACCCCGAAUCGGCAUUCCCCGCACCGACGCCGGCACAAACUGUGCCCGAGCUCAUCAAGAAUGCGCUGAACGGCGUCGACGUCGACAUCCGCCCGCACUUGUUGGCUAACGUUGUUGUCACGGGUGCCUCCAGCUUACUCUAUGGUUUCACAGACCGUUUGAACCAGGAGCUCAUGCAGAUGUUCCCAGGUCCACGCGUUCGUAUAUCGGCCCCAGGAAACACCGCGGAGCGGAAGUUUGGCUCUUGGAUCGGUGGAAGUAUCCUCGCCAGUUUGGGUACCUUCCAUCAGAUGUGGAUCUCCAAGAAGGAGUUUGACGAACAUGGUCCGAAUAUUGUCGAGAAACGCUGCAAGUAG